CGAGCAUGGCAUGAAACUGUCAAAUCGAACGCUGCUGGUGUUGUUUUCUGCACGUUGUUUACAUCUAGCAAAGAUGAGGGGAAAGUCUGGUGUACCCGAUCGGUGGUAUAACUACAGCUGCCAUGGCAAAGUGUUGAUCGACCGAUUCAUCGCACUGAAGGUGCCGCUCUCGCAGAGAAUUCACUCCGUUCAGCACGAUCGCCGCUUCACGCCCGAGCAUGUCAUCGAGAAGCUACCGAUAGGGAUGCUGAUCGAUCUAACCAACACGAUGCGCUAUUACGACCCGAAGCAGUUCACCGCGAGCGGUAUCGAACAUGUGAAACUUAAUGUCCCCGGCCAGGUGGUGCCACCGGUGCGGAUAGUGGAUCGAUUCAUCGAAAUAGUAAAAUCAUAUCUGAACGAUCCCGAAAGUGAAGGCAAACUCAUCGGUGUGCACUGUACGCACGGGCUCAACCGGACGGGCUACCUAAUCUGCGCCUACAUGAUACUGCAGCUCGGCUAUGACCCGAACGAAGCGAUCCGCCUGUUCAAUGCCAAGCGGGGCCAUCGCAUGGAGCGCGAUAAGUAUCUGGAGAGCUUGCGGCAAAUGGCACCGGCCGGGCAGGAUAAUGGCCGGCUGGGUGUGCAACCGGAAGGAGGGUACACUAUCCGGUCGGGAAUGCAUCCUGAAGCGUACGAUAGCCGCCCGGGAAACCGGUCGGAGGAAGGAGGAGAGCACGAUAGCCGCCCGGAAAUGCGCUCGGGAGGAUAUAACAGCCGCCCGGGAAUGCAGUCGGAUGCUGGGUACAAUGACCGCCCGGGACGGUACGAUGAACGCUCCUGGAGACAGCCGGAAGGAGCAUCCAAUGGGCGCUCGUGGAGGCAACCGGAAGGAGGAAAUAAUGACCGCUCGUUGAGGCAACCAGAAGGAGUGUACAAUGAUCGCUCCUGGAGGCAACCGGGAGGAGGAAAUAAUGAUCGCUCCUGGAGACAACCGGGAGGAGGAUCCAAUGAUCGCUCCUGGAGGCAACCGGGAGGAGGAUCCAAUGAUCACUUCGCGAGGCAACCGGAAGGAGCGUCCUAUGAUCGCUCCUGGAGGCAACCGGAAGGAGCGUCCAAUGAUCGCUCCGGGAGGCAACCGGAAGGAGCGUUCAAUGAUCGCUCCUGGAGGCAACCGGGAGGAGCGUCCAAUGAUCGCUCCUGGAGGGAACCGGGAGGAGCGUCCAAUGGCCGCCAGGAAAUGCGCUCAGAAGAAGAUUAUAAUAGCCGCCCGGUGCAGCAACCGGAAGUGCGCGGUGGUCGCGCUGCACGAUUACCACCGGCAAACGAUGGGAUACAGCGGUCCAACCAGGAACGAUGGGACCCAUCGGUCAGACGGAUCGUGCGUCCGCAAAAACACACCUACCGCGUUCCGGCACACCGGCGCACCGAUGGACAUGAGCUGCAGUCGAAGCACACAAAGUUUGAAUGAACUAAGCUCUGUUUUUUUUUGUUUUUGGUUGAUGAAAUCUAUUCUUCACGCACUUUUGGCACACUUUUUAUGCCUCUCUGUCCAUGAGAUUGUGUUUUCUCAUACGUAAUGAAUAAAAUGGACGCAUAACAACAACCCAGUA